AUGGCUCGUGGUGGCAAAAACACCAACCCCAUUCCAUCCUCCUCUUCUACAUCCAACGUUGCUUCCUCCUCUGCUUCCAUGGAGGACUCUGCAAGCCCUUACUAUCUUCAGAAUGGUGAUCAUCCUGGUCUCAUUCUGGUCACUCAUUCCCUCACUGGACCCAACUUCAAUUCCUGGAAUCGAGCAAUGCUCAUUGCUCUUACUGCCAAAAACAAAGUGUGUUUUGUUGAUGGCAGUCUCCUUCGUUCUGAUCACUCUGAUCUUCUCUUUGUUGCUUGGACCCGAUGCAACUCUAUGGUAAUUUCAUGGCUUCUCAACUCUGUCUCCAAAGAGAUUGCUGAUAGCCUUAUGUAUUUUUCCACGGCUUAUGAUCUCUGGGAUGAUCUCCGUGUUCGCUUCCAUCAAGCCAAUGGACCGCGUAUAUUUCAGUUGAAGCAGCAAAUCUCUUCGUUGCAUCAAGGGAGUCUGGAUGUCAACACUUAUUAUACAAAGCUGAAGAUUCUUUGGGAUGAACUCAAAGAUUAUUCUCCCAACCUUUCUUGCACUUAUGGUGCUCUUCGGAUUUUAUCAUCCACCCAACAACAAGACUAUGCCAUGCAAUUUUUAAUGGGGUUGAAUGACUCAUUUUCUUCAAUCAGGGCCCAGAUCCUUCUUAUGGAACCACUGCCUCAGUUAUCUCGCGUCUUCUCUUUAGUCAUACAAGAGGAACGCCAAAGGCAAAUCACGCCUUCCUUCCCCCUCCAUCCCUUGAUACUCCAAUGA